CUUAGAAGUGAUGCUCGGGCGAUGAACAGGACUACAACUCCCACGAUGCGCCACCAAAGUCACUAACAGGCACACUGCCGAGUUAACCCACCGCUUGUAAUCCUUCCUCUGACAACUCAACUCUCUGCGGUUCUUUUCUGCCUUUAAACACAAAACUCAUCGAGUAAAAACAUGGACAACACCGGGAAAGAAAAAGAAGCGAUACAGCUCAUGGCCGACGCCGACAAGAAAGUCAAGUCGUCGGGCUCUUUUUUGGGAGGGAUGUUCGGCGGAGGACAUCACAAAGUGGAGGAGGCCUGUGAGAUGUAUUGCAGAGCGGCCAACAUGUUCAAGAUGGCCAAGAACUGGAGCGCUGCUGGUGGAGCGUUUUGCAAGGCCGCACAUCUUCACAUGCAGCUGCAGAACAAACACGACUGCGCCACCAGUUUCAUCGACGCCGGCAAUGCGUACAAGAAGUCUGAUCCCAACGAGGCAAUCAAGUGUUUAAAUGCCGCCAUCGAUAUUUACACAAACAUGGGAAGAUUCACCAUCGCCGCCAAACAUCACAUCAGUAUCGCCGAAAUAUAUGAGGCCGACCUGGUGGACAUUGAAAAAGCGAUUGCACAUUACGAGCAAGCGGCAGAUUACUACAAGGGAGAGGAAUCAAACAGUUCGGCCAACAAGUGUUUGCUGAAGGUGGGGGCCUAUUGUGCUCAGUUGGAGCAAUACCAGAAGGCUAUUGAGAUAUAUGAGCAGGUCGGCGCCAACACGAUGGACAACCCGCUGCUUAAGUAUAGCGCCAAGGAGUAUUUCUUCAAAGCGGCGCUGUGUCAUUUCAUUGUGGACGAGCUCAACGCCAAGAUCGCUGUGGAGAAGUACGAGGAGAUGUUCCCAGCUUUCUCCGACUCCAGAGAGUGCAAACUGUUGAAGAAACUGCUUGAGGCUCAUGAGGAACAGAACAGCGAGGCCUUCACAGAGGCGGUGAAGGAGUUCGACUCCAUCUCGCGUCUGGACCAAUGGCACACCACGCUGCUGCUGCGCAUCAAAAAGACCAUCCAGGGCGACGAGGGAGACCUCAAAUGAGAACGAGCGGACGCCCACACAGACGGACGGGACAAACGAGUCAGCGCAUGGUCCCCCCCCCCCAGCCCCAACCACUCACCCACACACACAUACAUACAUACACGACACAGCACUGCUUUACAGUAAUGCUUUCCUCCGAAUCCAGUCGGAAUGUAAAGAUCCUCUCACGUGGAGGACUGCUGCAUACCUUUUUACUAACUACGCCAUGUUAGUCAUUCAAGCUUGUCACAUUUUUUUUCUGUCGCUCCAUGAUGUGUAUGAGGUGUGACAAUACAGAAACGGGACUAUGGGACUCACGCUCAGUGCUCACAGUGUCGCCACUAUUCUGCUAUGAGCUCAUGUACUUGAUUCAUCUUUUUCAGGCAUUUAUGUAAGACUGUUCUCUCAAGUGCUGCGUGGCACCACAAGAUUUGGUGGCAACCCAGUACCAGGUAAAUGCAUGGAAGCAGUAUCUCACAGCGUGGCUAAAUCUGAAUUAAUUUUCAUGACCGUUUUCAGGCUUUUGCAUAGCACACAAGAUUUGGUGUCAAUCCAAUACCAGGUAGAUACAGCGCUGGUAUCGUUGAUUCCGAUAAAUAUUUAAGGUGGGUAAAUCUGAAUUUGAGAGGUUUAUUCAUUCUUUUUCAUUGCUGAGAAACGUAAUUAUCGAUCAGUAUCAAUACCCACGUUAUUAUCGAUGGUAUCCACGUAACCGCCCAUUCGUUGUUGUCACUCAACUGCGGUUCAUAAAAGCCCGAAAAAGAAGCACAAAAUAAUGUGAUCGAUGCUGAAGAAUCCAUUAGUCUCAAUAUCAAUGGUGGUAUUUGUGGCGUUGCAACAGUCUUUCACAAAAUCCAGAAAAAGCAUUGAGUGAGGACUGUGAACUAUGAUGGCAGAAGAGUGGCAAUUAGCUGAUUGCCACAGUCACAAGCAUGGCUUCCCCAAUCUCGUGUCUUUGUUUCAUCACACCUAGAACGAAACAAGUGGAAGACUCCUCUUAUUUGCAACUCAAUGAAGGAUAACAAAGUGCAUUAAAACGUUGCAAAAUGGCUCUAAAACCACUAAUGUUACAAAUUCAGAGGUGUUAGGAGCAAUCAUUAUGAAUAUGCAUUAUAUUUUAUCCCAAAAAACAUUAUUACAAUGUACUCGCACGUUCAGAAAGUUCAGAAACGCAUUGAGAGACUGUUAAGCAUAAAUCAGCCACUUUAUUAUUUCCUCCCGACACGAUUGUAAUACCUCAGGAUUGAUUUAUUUAUGGUCAUGAGUUUGAUUUUGUCCGGUUUCAAUGCUGACAGCUAGGCUGCCACGUUGGGAGCAAUGUCAUCUCAUUCGGUCCCCCCUCCUCGCUAAGCAUGCCCCCCCCCCCCCCCGGGUCACCUCCAUUUACUCACCAAAGUAUCCAGCUUCUUCCGUGGCUUUAAAUAAUAAUAAUCAUAAUGAUCUGUAAACUUGUGCGAACGGAAAAUAAAGUUGUAUUCUAUCCCUAUUAUGCGCUACAGCUAUGUUUGAGUCCUGCAAAAUCACACCUUUUUGUUUUUCAUUGAGGAAUUCAAAACACGCUGAAAUUAAUUAUUAGUUCUACAAUGUUUGUCGUAAAAACGCCACAAAAAUGGGAAAAUGUCGAAAAAAAAUCCUAGUGUUAACAUAAAUUCCUGGAUCCACAACCAAACUAUAAAGCCUUUUUUGUUUUUUUGCUCUAGGGUUUCCCCAAGUUGCAAAGUAUACCUAUUUUUCAACAGCAGAGCUUCCAUUUGCUACAAUUACAAAUUUCAACUAAAUCUUCACAAAUUAGACUAAUUCUAAACACAAUACAGGGGGAUUUUAAUAGUGAAUUAUUUUCAAUUUCAAUGGGGGAAGAUGAUUUGAGAUAUGAGUGUUUUGAGUUAAGAGUGUGGUCACGGAACAAAUUACACCCGUAUUUCAAGGCACCACUGUAUUGUUAAUGCUCCCUUUGUUCUGGAAUUAUGAAAUUAUUUAUAGUCUUCAUCCUAAUGUCUAGAUCAGACUACAGGAUUUUUAUCCGCGAUAUUGGCCCGAUUUGCUAUCGUGUUAUCUAUUGAAUUUUGCCCUACAAUGCAAAAAUGAAAAGUCUAGCAUGUUUGAUUUUUUUGGGGAGGAUAUCUUUAGUGUAGUGUGGCAUAGAAACGACGACCCUACGGCAUAGUGCCCUGACGUCGGCCAAUAGGAUUGCAUAUUGCGACUGGCGCAUCGCCUUCCUUGCUCGUCAUUGUCUCCAUUUAUACGCGCGCAAACCGUUUGCUGAAACUUUAGAGCAUGAAUCGACAGAACACUGGCAUGUUUACGUACAAACGUUAGUGCUAGCACUAGCUAGCUACAUGACGUAAUGUUGCCUGCUUGUGACCGGUAUGAAAAGUACGUGAACAUUACCUCGAGCUCUUUUUGAAGAAUGCACAGCCCAAAACGUCCUCUUUGUAGCACCCAGUGAUGAGGCCACACAUUUCUUCUUUUUUUUUGUUCUUUAUUUCCAACACAAUACAUUGCCGCAAUCAUUGUUUUUGUCACCAUGGUAACGGUUGUAGCCCACAGUGGUGACAUGUUUUCUGCUCUGACAAGAUAAAGCUCGAUGAUCAGAAAAGACGGGAUACGGUGAUAUCGUAAUAUAUGCUGUGUAGUGUUGCCAGUGACUGACCAAAAUACAGCAAGAUUUUAUGGCAAUAAUCUGACAUAGUGCCACCGUGAGAGACCAAAUUUUGUUUUGUAGUCUUAAUCCAGGCAUAAGGCCUGCCGCACACAGACUGUCCGUGGGUUCUGCAUCUACUUUUCAUGAGCGGUUGACUGACAGCUACUAGUUUUGCUGCAAUUCAAAAUUGGAUGUUUUUUUUCAACAUUUAUGACACGAUUAAGCGACCAAGUUCAACAGCAUAAAUAACCAAAAGAGCCACAAAUUGUGAUUAAUAAAGUCAUGAUUCUU